CACUCGCUCCCUUGCGACCACGACCCAGCGCGCCCACCACCGCCAUCCCUCAGACGCCACAGUCGCAUUAGGAAUCCAACUCAACUAUCCCCGUACAAUUCCUGGACAAGUUUCCACACGACGACACGCCGCAUACGGCCCAAACAGGCAAUAUGGCGCCUUCGCGGACUCGCAACGUUGAUUCAGACGGGCCCUCCACGGCCGACGUCUCUGCGAAUGAGGAUGUGGAGAUGCAGGAGCAGAAGGAUCGCGUGAAUGGCUUCCCGAAGUUCGGGUACUACCAGGACACGCCAGACUACACGGACUCCGAUACAAACCCCAACACAACAGCAAGCAGUGUAGCUGGUGACGCGCCAGUAGACGCCCGAAAACGACGGUCCGACGUAAACAACAUGCGGAAGACCAUCUACGGAAAGAAGCACGACAGACUGGGCGCGUCUAAGGAGGACGACACAAUUCGACGUUUCCGAUACCUGCUCGGUCUGACCGACCUGUUCCGCCACUUCAUCGAUACGAACCCGAAUCCGCGCAUAAAGGAGAUUCUCGCCGAGAUCGACCGCCAGGACGCCGAGGACGAGGCAAAGGCAAAGACUAGCAAAGUGCGCAAGGGCGGCGCCGCUGCAGAGCGUCGGCGCAAGACGGAGCAAGAAGAAGAUGCUGAGCUGGUGCGGGAAGAGAAACAUGGCGGCCAUAACGAGACCGUGUUCCGAGAAUCACCAGGAUACAUCCAGGGCGGCACUAUGCGAGACUACCAAGUUGCUGGGUUGAACUGGCUCAUAUCUCUUCACGAGAACGGUAUCUCUGGUAUUCUAGCCGACGAGAUGGGUCUCGGAAAGACGUUGCAGACCAUAUCGUUCAUUGGCUACCUCCGCUUCAUCCGCGGCAUUACCGGCCCGCACCUAGUCACUGUGCCCAAGUCUACCCUUGACAACUGGAAGCGCGAGUUCGGCAGGUGGAUACCGGAGAUCGAUGUCUUGGUUCUGCAGGGCGCCAAAGAGGAGCGAGCAGAGCUCAUACAAGAGCGCCUCGUUGACGAGAAAUUCGACGUCUGUAUCACCAGCUACGAGAUGAUCUUGCGAGAGAAGUCGCAUCUCAAGAAGUUUGCUUGGGAGUAUAUCAUCAUCGACGAAGCGCACCGCAUCAAGAACGAAGAGUCGUCGCUCGCACAGAUCAUUCGCUUGUUCAACUCGCGAAACCGCCUGCUUAUCACGGGUACACCACUUCAGAACAACCUACACGAACUGUGGGCGCUGCUCAACUUCUUGCUCCCAGACGUCUUCGGAGACUCUGCAGCAUUCGACGACUGGUUCUCCAGUCAAGACGAGGACUCCGACACUGUUGUCCAACAGCUUCACAAGGUCCUGCGACCGUUCUUACUGCGCCGCGUGAAGGCCGAUGUAGAGAAGUCCCUGCUUCCCAAAAAGGAAAUCAACCUCUACAUUGGUAUGUCCGACAUGCAAGUCAAGUGGUACAAGAAGAUUCUGGAGAAGGACAUCGAUGCGGUCAAUGGCGCAGCUGGCAAUAAGGAGUCAAAGACACGCCUUCUAAACAUCGUCAUGCAGCUGCGGAAAUGCUGUAACCAUCCGUACCUUUUCGAAGGUGCCGAACCCGGCCCACCAUAUACCACUGACGAGCACUUGGUCAAUAACGCUGCAAAGAUGGUUAUGCUUGAUACACUGCUCAAGCGCAUGAAAGCCCAGGGUAGCAGAGUUCUCAUCUUCUCCCAGAUGAGUCGUGUGCUUGACAUUCUGGAGGACUACUCAGUCAUGCGGAGUUAUCCUUAUUGCCGAAUUGAUGGUUCGACCGCCCACGAGGACCGAAUCGCCGCCAUCGAUGAGUACAACAAGGAAGGGUCGGAGAAGUUCCUCUUUCUUCUCACCACCCGCGCGGGUGGUCUUGGUAUCAACUUGACUAGCGCAGAUAUUGUUGUCCUGUUCGACAGCGACUGGAACCCGCAGGCUGAUCUCCAAGCCAUGGACCGUGCUCACCGGAUUGGCCAAACCAAGCAGGUUAUGGUAUUCCGUUUCGUCACCGAGAACGCGAUCGAGGAGAAGGUCUUGGAGCGAGCGGCGCAGAAGCUGCGCCUUGAUCAGCUAGUCAUCCAACAGGGCCGAACGCAGCAGCCUGUCAAGAACGCUGCUUCCAAGGACGAGCUCCUCACGAUGAUCCAGCACGGCGCUGAGAAGGUAUUCAACUCGCAAGGCCCACUAGGCCCAGCCUCCGGAUCAGGAGACAUUACCGACGAUGCCUUCGAGGCGAUACUCAAGCGCGGCGAGGAGAGGACCCAACAGCUCAACAACAAGUACGAGAAGCUUGGACUCGACGACCUUCAGAAGUUCACUUCGGAUUCUACUUAUGAGUGGAAUGGCGAGACUUUCCAGCCCCGGAAGAAGGACAUUGGGCUUAGCUGGAUUAAUCCAUCCAAGCGCGAACGUAAAGAAAUCGGAUACUCUAUGGACAAGUACUAUCGGCAGGCCCUCAUGACUGGUGGACGGACGGAGUCGAAGCAGCCCAGGGUUCCUCGCGCGCCUAAGCAAGUCGUAAUCCACGACUACCAGUUCUUCCCAGAAAAGUUGGCCGAGCUACAGGACAAGGAGACAGCCUGGUACCGAAAAGAGAAUAACAUCAAGGCCCCUCUCCCCGAAGGACCUGAUGAGGAUCUCGAGACUCGCGAAGCCGACCAGGAACUCGCUCAAAAGGAGAUCGACAAUGCCGAGCCGUUGACGGAAGAAGAGAAGGCGGAGAAGGAGCGCUUGAUUGCCAAGGGUUUCCCAGAGUGGAACAAGCGAGACUUCCAACAAUUCCUGAACGGCUCAGCUAAGUACGGCCGAACGAACUACGAUGGCAUUGCAGAAGAGGUCGACGGCAAGACGGCGGACGAAAUCGAGGAGUAUGCCAAGGUCUUCUGGAAGAAAUACAAGACUCUCGACAACUGGCAAAAGCACAUCAAUGUUGUUGAAGAGGGCGAGGCUCGCGCGCGCGCCUCUGAGGAGAAGAAACGGCUGUUGGCAAAGAAGAUCAGCAUGUACCGGAUGCCACUCCAGAACAUGACAAUCAAGUACACAGUGUCGACGACGAACAAGAAGGUCUACACCGAGGAGGAGGACCGGUUCUUGCUCGUCAUGCUGAACAAGCAUGGCGUGGAGGGCGAUGCCAUCUACGAGAAGAUCCGUGAGGAGAUUCGAGAGUCAGCCCUCUUCCGCUUUGACUGGUUCUUCCUUAGCCGGACGCCGCAGGAGAUUGGCCGUCGAUGCAACACCCUCAUUCAGACGGUCGUGCGAGAGCUUGGUGACGGCGACAUGAAGAACGGCAAAGGCAAGCGUCCCCUUGAGGACGAAGAGUCUGAAGACGAAGAAGAGCUCCCCGUGAAGAAGAAGGCCAAGAACGGCGUCAAGAACAAGCAGCUGGAUUCUGUCAAGGGUAAAGCAUCCCCGGCUUCGGUAUCGACGUCUCGAGCGACGAGCGUCGUCUCUAAUAGCUCUGCCCCAGCUAAGUCCAAGGGCAAGGGCAAAAAGAAAUAAGUGUUCUUAAUAAGGCUUGCUGACGGGUCUUGCAAUGUCAGUAGGCAUUCCUCGACGCGUCAGCAUGCAAUGAAAGGCGUUCUGGCGUAUUAUGGUCAAGAUGGAGGUUUUGGGUCUCCUGCAUCGGUCGUGGGCGAGGCUUCAUGUGUUCUGCACUAAAGUGUUGAUCGUUUGAAUUGCGACAGGG